GGUAGUUUCGGUAUAUUCAGUGAAACUCCCUCCCUGUAAGAGAGAAAAGAGAGAGAGAAAGAGAGAGCAGCAUUUAAAGAUUUCAGGGGAAGAGAAGAAGAAGAAGAAGAGUAAUAAAGUAUAUAAGUUUUUGGGAAAUUGAAGAGAAGAAGAAGAAAUCGUAAGAGAUGAGUAGAAGGGCAGACGAAGAAUACGACUACUUGUUCAAGGUAGUAUUGAUUGGAGAUUCGGGUGUUGGCAAAUCUAACCUCCUCUCCCGAUUCACUCGCAAUGAAUUCUGCUUGGAGUCCAAGUCAACCAUUGGUGUUGAAUUCGCUACCAGAACUCUUCAGGUUGAAGGAAGAACAGUGAAGGCUCAGAUAUGGGACACAGCAGGGCAAGAGCGAUACAGAGCCAUAACCAGCGCCUACUACAGAGGUGCGUUGGGAGCUCUUCUGGUGUAUGAUGUUACAAAGCCAACUACAUUCGAAAAUGUGAGCAGGUGGUUGAAGGAACUGAGGGAUCACGCAGACGCCAACAUAGUGAUCAUGCUGAUCGGUAACAAAACCGAUCUGAAACACCUGAGAGCAGUGGCGACCGAGGACGCCCAGAGUUAUGCGGAGAAAGAAGGACUCUCAUUCAUCGAAACGUCUGCGCUCGAAGCAACCAAUGUGGAGAAAGCUUUCCACACAAUUCUAUCAGAGAUUUACAGGAUAAUUAGCAAGAAGUCACUAUCUUCAGAUGAGCCAUCUGGUGGUGCCACAAUAAAAGAAGGGAAGACUCUUGUAGUUGGGGGUGCACAAGAGGCCAAUACCAGCAGCAAGUCUUGCUGUUCUUCAUCUUGAUUUCAUUACACAAAUUUUUCUUUUCAUAUCGUCUUGUUGGUUAUUGUUUAUUAGUUUUUCUCUCUUUACUAAAUAUGUUUUGGUCAUAUAAUAUUUUUUUUUUGUUGCUUGUUGUGAGGAUUGAUAAUUAUUUGUUCAUGAAAGAAUAUUAUACAAUUAGUUUUCUUCCUUUUGAAUAGGCUGUCUAAAAGGCCUUUCUUUCAUAUGAUCAUCAAUUGUUAUUGAAGUUAUAUUGUUUGAA